AUAUAUAUAUAUAUAUUAGCAGAGAGAAGCCUGAGAACGGACAGCGAUUUAACUAUAACCUUAAUAUAUUACACAUAUUGAGGAAUUUAAGACACAAUCUUUUUAGCGAUUCUAGAUGACGUGAAUUUAAACUGAAAGAGAAAUUUGGAUUAUUUAUAAGUUAGGAGUUUAAGUGCCGCCAAUGUUGUACAGGACAAGACACUGUAUUUCAAGCAAUUUUUCAUUUCAUUGGAUAAAGAAUCAAUUAGAGAACAUUUGUCACAGAACUACAUCAGUUGCAAUGCACCCUACAGCCGAUUCUGAUAUAAAUACUGAUGUAAAUAUGCAUAAUAAGAGACCUAUAGAUGAUGACAGCGAGAAUAAAGCUAAGGUACAAAAGACGGAAUCAGAAAUGGUACAAAAAGUAAAGAGAAAAAAUCACGCUAUGUUGCUAGGCUAUGUUGGCAAAGAUUAUUAUGGUAUGCAAAGAAAUCCUGGUAUGAAAACUAUUGAGGAAGAUUUGAUUACAGCCUUAUUGAAGGCAGAUUUAAUAACUAUGAAACAUUUCGACAACAUUCGUGCCAUCAAUUUUCAAAGAGCUGCUCGUACAGAUAAAGGAGUAUCUGCGGUUAGGCAAAUUGUUUCGCUGAAGCUACCAGAGAAGGCUGAUAAAACAGUAAUAAAUGAAUUCUUACCUGAAGUGAUCAGAGUAUUUGGGAUAAAACGAGUGACAAAAGGUUUUAACAGUAAAAAUCAGUGUGAUGCACGUACCUACAGAUAUAUUAUUCCUUCUUUUGCAUUUGCGCCAGAAGACCAGACUUUGUUAAAACUUGGAAAAGAAGUUAAUGAAGAUGAGAGAAUCAAACAAUUAUCAAUUAUUGAUGGAAAACCAUAUACUGAUUAUAGAUUAUCUUCGGAAUCUUUAGAUAAAUUAAAUUCAAUUUUGAAGCUUUUAGAAGGUUCUCACAAUUUUCAUAACUUUACAUCAAAAGUGAGACCGUUGGAUCCACGCGCACGACGCUAUAUAAUUAGCUUUCAAUGUUCAGAAACGUUCGUUUCAAACGAUAUAGAAUUUAUAGUAUUGGAAGUUAAAGGACAAAGUUUUAUGCUGCAUCAAAUCCGAAAAAUGAUAGCAAUGGUAAUUGCAAUUGUGAGAAAUAUGAUAUCCGAAGAGACAAUUGAAGAAGCAUUUAAAACAAUGGAUAAAAUGGACAUACCACUUGCACCCAGUUUAGGAUUGUGUCUGUGUCAUGUACAUUAUGAUCAUUAUAGUAAAAGAUAUGGCACAGACGGUCUUCAUGAAACCUUAGAUUGGAAAGAAUGCGAAGAAGAAAUAGAAAAAUUUCAAAAAACAUAUAUCCUGCGACAUAUAGUGGACACCGAGAUUUCAGAACAGACAACAUUAAAAUGGUUAGCGGGCCUUCCUUUUUAUUCAUUUAGCAACAAAGAUGUUCUUCCUGUGGAUGAUGAUGAAAAACAAGAAACUAUGCAUGACGACAUUCAGAUGUAAAAACGUUUAAAUGUACAGCUCUGUACUUCUGUAUGAAAUAGACUAAGAAAUAUUAAAAAAAAUUUUUAAAUUACCUUUAA